AUGAGGAGAGCUGAGGAAAUGAAGAACCUGAAGAAGGAUGUCCAGAAGAAGGGCACGACUACUACUACUACUACUACCCAAAAAGAUGUAUCAGCCAUGGCUGGAAGUUUAAAGAAGAAGGCAAGCGGAUCUGAUGAAGAACGUGUCUCGGCUACCCACAGUCAGGUUGAUGAGAAGGAAAACGAUGACGAGGUUCAGUGGCACGCUGAAACAUCUGCGGAGGCAGUUCCUUGGCGCAUCCAGGAACAAUUGAGUUCUGCUACUGCUGAAAUGGUUAUGCUUUCUACCAUUGAUACGGGGAAGAAGGCCAAAGAAACAGCAAAAGCAAAUGGCAGCAGCCUGGAAGUUGCUGUUUCUCCUAGAGCCGAGGAGAAAUUGAUAUCGAAAGAGAACGAGAAGACGAGUUCUGUCAGGACUCUAGCCAACGAGUUAAAAGGAAAGCAUUGGUAA